AUUACAAGUAAGGGCUGGUAGACUGAGACAUGAGAUUAAGGUCACAUGACUAUUUUUGUAAAUAAACUAGUUUACAGUUCAGUCAGACGUGAAAGGAGAGGAAACGAUAUAGGUUAAUGAAUUUGUAAAGUAAGUAAAAAGGAUAGGCCUGAUCAAGUCGAUUGCCUAUAUGCACAUGAACAAAAGUCACAUGAAGCCAUGUAGAGGCCAGUCACAUGAUGUAUCUCGAGGGUAAAAGAAAAAAAAAGACACAAUUUAAAAGUAUAAUACAUGUACUGGUACCAAUCUUGUCAUCACUUACAGACAACCGUAAACAUAUAUGUCACAAGAAGACUACAUGUAGCUGUGAAUUCUCAGGAUUAAAGUCUACAGAAGUCUAGAUAUUUAUAUCCGGAAAGUCUAAAAUGGAGAACUAUGAAAUUGAGAGAGAACCGCUGGUUCGACCAAAAACCUCCAGAGGACCGCCUGAUCGUUAUUAUAGUGUUUAUUUUAUAUUCAUGUUUAUGGGAAUGGCGUGUCUGUUGCCUUGGAAUUUCUUCAUUACGGCUAAAGAAUAUUUUCAGUUCAAACUACGUAACACAAGCCUACCUGCAGAUAUUAAAUAUAAUGACAAAUCUGUCAUCACAACAGAUCAAGCAUUAUUUGAGAGUUAUCUUUCCAUUGUGUCCAUGUUGACUAAUUUGGUAUUUGCCAUACUGACAACUAUUUUUAUACGUAGUAUCCCUCUUAAGUUACGUAUGGUUGUUUCGUUUAUCAUUGUUUCUGUGGUAUUUAUGGGAACGACAGCAUUAACCAAAAUAGACACAGAUGAAUGGCAAUAUACAUUUUAUGCGUUGACUUUGGCGUCCGCUGCUGUGAUUAUGGGCUCCACCGCCGUUUCCCAAGGGUCUGUUAUGGGACUUUCGUGUAUAUUUCCAACAAUGUAUACCCAGGCUAAUAUGAUUGGACAGUCUGUGGGUGGAACUUUUGCAGCUGUUGCUAAAAUUUUGUCGAUUUCAGGUAAUGGUGGUGUCACUGACAGUGCUUUUGGAUAUUUUCUCACAGCAACCAUGGUGACAGUUUUAUCACUGGGUGCAUAUGGCCUCCUUUACAAAUUACGAUUCUCACGAUUCCAUUUAUCAAAUCAAAUUGACACAUCUCCUCAUGUCAACAAUGAAAUACCCUCGUACAAAGAGAUAGUAGGAAAUCGUGAAUAUUUUACCAGUAUCUUUAAGAAAACAUGGCAGCUAUCGUUUUCAUGUUUUAUGACCUUCAUGAUAUCUUUGAGUUGUUUUCCAGCAAUCUGUUCAUCUAUUCAAGCUGUGCAUUAUAAACAGGGUGACCCUUGGACUGAUACAUAUUUCUCAUCCGUCGUGUGUUUUCUGAUGUUCAACGUCGGGGAUUGUAUCGGGAGACUGUUCACCGGAUGGUUUGAUCGACCGAGUCCACAGAUGAAAUACGUUCUUAUGUUUUUCUCUAUAAUCCGCAUUGUUUACAUCCCGUUAUUAUUAGCAUGUAACAUACAGAAUGGAACAGAACGUUCUAUUCCUAUAGUCUUUAAUCACGAUGCCUAUCCCAUUGUUUUUAUUUUAACUCUUGGAAUCUCUAAUGGCUAUUUGAGUACGCUGUCUCUGAUGUUCGCUCCAACACAGGUACCUAUAGAACAAGCGGAGGGGGUGGGGGUGUUAAUGUCAUGUGCAUUAACAGUUGGUCUUACUGCUGGAUCUCUUCUAUCUUUACUCUUAUUAAAAUUAGUUUGAAAUAGAAAUUUUAUAUUUCCUGUUGAAGUGACCUGUCCAAGAUUUCCUAGGAAACUACAUGUAAAUAAUAGUACCUUAAAUGGCCUGCUUUCAAAUCAAAACAUUGAGCUGUACAGAAAUGAUAGCUUGAUUUACUUAAAGUGGUUACUUUAAGUUAUUUGACUCAUUUAUGAAACUUCAUUCUCAAAUUCAAUGCGUGACUUGAUAAUUGUGAAAAUCAUUUGCGACUUUAACAUCAACAGGUAUAGGCAUGAUCCCAUUUUCAUUAGCCUGGUCCAUACAUUUUUGUAGACAUAGUUAUCAAGUCUCUUAAAUGUAGUUUUGAAUUAUUUUCUAAAAUAUAUCUGGGAAAGCUCCUUUAAGAUGAUUUUGAUAUGAAUGGGCAGGAAUUAUUUGUAGAUAAUUUCAGUUGUUAACCUCUCUCUCUCUCUCUCUCUCUCUCUCUCACUCACUCAGUGGGGCUUAAUGUCCACUUGAUAGAUUUACAAUGAUAUUAUUAUAUAUCAAGAUUACAGGAAGCCACUCAUUACAGAAAAAGUAAGUUAAUGACAUGUGGAUCAAUCCACAUUUAGGCCACCCCUCUGCAGUUGACAUUUAUUCCAUGACACAUUAGUUUCUUGUCAUAUUACUAGCCUACACUGGAGCCAAGUGGCUGAAUGAAUAAGGCGCCUACUUGCUAACCAGGAGGUUUCAGGUUUACUCCCGGUUUGCCUGAGUGAUCAGGAUGACAAGUCACUAUUCCAUGUCAGGCCCUCCAUCCU